AUGAUCAAUAAUAUGCGACGAAGUGGUUGGGUGGUCACAGAUAGGGCCGUGAAACAAACGUACUAUCUAUGCUUUAUUACUCUUCCUUCGAGGAUCGUCAAAAGUCAGCAGCCGUUAAAGUCAAAAUCGGUUUAUAACAUAGUGGGUGAAAUGUUACCUAGGUUGUGGUGUUUAGGACCUGUGGUUAUGUCACAUAUAAAUCAUUUUGUUCGUGCUCGUACUUCGUUUUCUCCUACAAUCCGUCGACCAAACCGACGUCCAUGUAAUGCGCAGGCUCAGAAACUCACCAACAAUACUAACAGUGCUACUAAGAAAGAUCUCGGUGACAGCGUCACUGUUCUUGUUUCUCAGUUCCAGCUAUUUUGA